CUCGUUGACGGUGAGUUCAGUUUGUGGCAAUCAUCCAUUGAUCUCUUUGAGCCAUCACCUUGACCCCUCUGAGAGACUCUCCGCAUAGAACAAACUGUAGAGUAUGAACGCACCCCCACCGUCUUUGCCGGUCCGAACCGUUUCCAAGGGGGACACGAAUAUUACUUCCAAAACCGGACCCCAAAAAUCUCAAUCUACAUUUGGGCAUCCCGACAAGCCUCUUCCGUUGCCAACCAAAGCUUUCCCAUGUCGUAUUUUUUCUGACGGAUCUUCUGCAGGUAUUUUUGUGGAACGCAUCGGCAACAAACCCAUGCCAAUUACUGCUUCGCGUUCCAUUCCUUUGCCUUCUUGGUCCUUUCCCGGGAGCAGUACAACCACAAAAUUGCGACGUAAACAAAAUUCCAUAUCGCCAUCACGUCAAGGAACUGUGAUACUACGGCGAACCGGCAACAAAGAUUCUGUUUUUUCCGAUUCACAGAGCUGCCAUGAUGUUCACCCCGAGAAAGUGGUAGACGUACAAUCCAACUUUUGCCACGGGAUUUUACUGGAAAACCUUUCGUCUGUGGCGCGUGACCUAACUCAACCCGAUAUCCAAACAUCCCAGGAAGAUAAUGCGAGUAGAACAACCACCCACACAGCCUCGACCUGGAAACAAUCGAACGUCGCCGUACCAGUGGAAGGUAACAGACUUUGCUCGUCUUCGCAGCCACCCAUUGCACCAAUACUCGAAAAUCCUCAAAGAAAUGGUGUAUGGUGUCCAAUGUCUGGUUGGGCCACUGAAAAGACAAAGGCUGUCGCUAUAAAAAGGGCGGACGAACGUGACCGCGAAGUGUCGGACGCCGUGUGCUUGGCAAAUGCUCACGUGAGUUCGGGUGACACAGAGCAGAAUACUCGGCAAUAUUUAAGUGUCGGAACGACCGUUGCUUCCGACGUACCACGUACCCCGCACUGCAGCUACUAUUUGAAUGCCCCACAGCCACCCCCUUCUUUUUUCGAAGAGGUUUCCUCAAAUGCAUCAUCCACACGUCCGCAAUCACAAGACCUACAGAAAGCAGCUCUGUCCAUUUUUGCAAACGAAAGUCCAACAGAAUAUGAGGAUAAGGAACGGGCCUCGCCAAACACUGCACAAAAACACCAAAAGCCUGACAAAAAGAAAUCGGGUUGGAAACGGUGGUUAGUGCUCCUAUUGUUUCUGAUGGGCAGUGUGGGCGGUAUUGCUGCAGGAGGAAAAUUGUCGGUACACAACAGCGAUACUUUCGAGAAGACUAGGAAUUCGUCGGUUGUUCUCGAAAGCCCUGGUCGGUUGGAGAGGAUACCAGACGCUACGCGGCAUACUUUGGAAACAAUAGCUCCGACAAUGGUAGCAACGUCGAAAGGCCUGGAUACAUCGAGUUUUUGA